CAUUUCAGGGUUUUCUUCAGUGCAAACAACAUGUUUGUAUUCCACAAUCCAAUGGAGGAGAGACGAUUGCAACAAUCUGGCAAGGUAAUGAAGGUGAUUACAUUUGAAAUGGCCCAGCAUGAGAUUGCAGAACAUAGCAGCGUUAAAUCAGGUCUUGAAUGGUUACGUGAAGAAGUUGCAGAAACACUGAUUUUGACAUAUGAGGCUAAUGCAAUAUCAACAGAACUUGGGCAGGGUAUUUCAUUUGAGCCAGUCAUAGUACCAGCUUUGGUGCUUGGAGACAAAACCAAACGUUCUAAGGUCUUUAUACGCGUAGAUACAGCUGAGGGUGGACAAUUCCUUUGGGGAAAGAAUCAUUUCCAGGACAGGUUUGAUUUAAUGAUGGAGAUAUAUAGAAAAUAUGAGAGUGGUGAACAAGAUUGGCUGCCUGAAACAAAGACACAGAACCCAUUUUGGGAACCCCUAGAUACACCUACACUGAUUGGAGUUGCAAUUGUUCCUUUGGAAUCACUGGCUUACAUGCUGGACAUAGAAGAACAGAUGAUUGGUAUCUAUGACUACCAGGCUCGUCUUGUUGGUCACCUCGGUGUCUCCCUUAUACCGUGUACCGAACACGGGGACGAAAUGUCAGAUGAAUUGUCAGUUGAAGAUCCAAAAGAAUUGCUACAUCAAGACAUUGCAUUCAAAGUGAAGAUUAAUAGCUCAAUCGGAAUUCCGAAAAGAUAUAAAUCGUCGUGGUGCCAUUAUACAUUUCACACCGAGCAAAACCCAGUCUACUCAGAUGAAGUUAGUGGUGUGGUCCCUAAAUAUAGCUCGGAUCAUCUUCAUCAUAUAGGGAGUGUAUCAGAUAAGACGAUAGAAUACCUGGAGGAGAGCUCGUUACUGAUAGAAUUGCAUGGACGACAAAAGCGAACGGAUGACACACGCCGGGGUAGUACUAUUGAUGCUUUUGCUAUAUCAGAUAAACGCCGUCUAAGCUGCUCUACAAAUUUGGCAAAAGACAAUGUUUGUACUCCUUGUAGUUCAGCAAUCAGCAGUUUUGUGCAGCAAUCAGUUAGCGGGAUACUUCUAGAAGAAAGUAGUGAUAGUGAAGAUGAACACCACAAAGACGACGACAAAAGGGAUGAAUUAUUUCCUUACAGUACCUCCGGAUCAUCUGAGCGAACAACUGUCACAUCCGAAAACACGCAAGGACCAAAUAAAUUCCAAAUCCCUGACAUUCUUUUAAAUAGUCGUGGAAAUGAUUUAGACAGGUUAUCACCAUCUCUUGUAGAGGUUAGAAAUGGAAUAGCGUCCGUCAUGGAAGAAGUUCUCAAAAGAGAUGGUCUCUCGUAA